UUCCUCAAACAAAAAGGAAGAACAUUUUGGAAGUACUGUAAUUAAUGAAAUGCAGUUAACAGCAUUGAAACGAGGAUUUGAAGUCUGCCAUUAUCCCGACGUUGGUCUGCAAGACCUACUUGCUAAGAAAAUUGGACUCCCAAGAGACGUAAUUGGGGAAUGGUUUAAAAAUGAAAGACAGAAAGCAAGAGAAAGUUCAAGAAUUAGUAAUAAUGCAAAAUAAAUAAAAUGCAAAUAAAUUUCAGAUUCUUCAGACAAAAAGGAAGAACAUUUUGGAAGUACUGUAAUUAAUGAAAUAC